AAAUUGCAGUCCAUAUUCGUCGGUCUCUUUCGCCCGUCGCCCACCAUAAACAAUCGAAACCCGAUAAACAAAAAUAAACUUCUUGUUUCCAGUUUGAGACACCAUUGCUCACACAGUCUCUCUGUUUUUUUUUUUCUUUUAACCAUAGCGAUUAACAUGCUUCUUUUUCCGCCACCACCUGCCACUCGCUUCCCUUCAAUUACCGUUACUUGUCCAAUCCCCGUCCGCCACUACCACCACCACAGUCAGCUACCACCACUCUCCGCCACUAACACUUCCGCAACCGCAAUAGCAAGUAGUUUCUCAAACCUCUCCCUCUCUCUUGAUAACAACCAAAAGGACACUGAACAAGACAUUCUCGCCCUCCAAAGCCGCCGUUACGAUUUCACUCCACUUCUUAACUUCUUAUCCAAUCAAAUAAAAGCUAGUCCAAACACAUCAUCUUCACCUACUUCACUUGACACUACAGAAUUCCAACUUGCCGAGUCAUACCGGGCUGUACCAGGGCCACUCUGGCACUCACUCCUUAAAUCGCUCUCCUCUUCAUCAUCUUCUAUUGGUUUAGCAUACGCUGUUGUUUCCUGGCUUCAAAAACACAAUCUUUGUUUCUCUUACGAAUUACUCUAUUCUAUCCUAAUUCACGCCCUUGGCCGUUCAGAGAAACUAUACGAAGCGUUUUUGCUAUCUCAGCAACAAGCUUUAUCUCCUUUAACAUAUAAUGCCCUGAUUAAUGCUUGUGCGAGAAACAACGAUCUUGAAAAAGCAAUUAAUCUGAUUUCUAGAAUGCGACAAGACGGUUAUCCUUCGGAUUUUGUUAAUUACAGUUUGAUUAUACAAUCUCUUGUCAGGUCUAAUAGGAUUGAUUCUCCAAUUUUGCAAAAGCUUUAUAGUGAAAUUCAGUGUGAUAAGCUUGAGCUUGACGUUCAGCUUUCGAAUGAUAUCAUUGUUGGUUUUGCUAAGGCUGGUGAUCCUAAUAAAGCUAUGGAAUUUCUAGGUAUGGUUCAAGCCAGUGGAUUGAGUCCCAGAACCGCUACUCUUAUUGCAGUUAUAUCAGCUUUGGGAGAUUCUGGUAGGAUUAUUGAAGCCGAGGCUAUUUUUGAAGAAAUGAAAGAUAAUGGAUUGAAACCUAAGACUAGAGCAUAUAAUGGACUUCUUAAAGGGUAUGUUAAAGCUGGUAUGCUUAAAGAUGCUGAAUUUAUUGUUUCGGAGAUGGAAAGGAGUGGGGUCUCGCCCGAUGAAUGUACUUAUAGUUUGUUAAUUGAUGCUUAUUCUAAUGCAGGGAGAUGGGAAAGUGCAAGAAUUGUGUUGAAAGAAAUGGAAGCCAAUAAUAUCAUGCCUAAUUCAUAUGUUUUUAGUAGGAUAUUAGCUAGUUAUAGGGACAGAGGGGAGUGGCAGAAAUCAUUUCAGGUUUUGAAGGAAAUGAAAAAUAGUGGGGUGAGACCUGAUAGGCAUUUUUAUAAUGUGAUGAUUGAUACUUUUGGUAAGUUUAGUUGCCUUGAUCAUGCAAUGGAUACCUUUGAUAAGAUGUUAUCUGAGGGUAUACAGCCUGAUACAGUUACAUGGAAUACACUUAUAGAUUGUCAUUGUAAGGCAGAGUUGCAUGAGAGAGCAGAGGAAUUGUUUGAGGAAAUGAUGGAAAAAGGAUUUUCACCUUGUGUCACCACGUUUAAUAUUAUGAUUAAUUCAUUUGGGGAGCAGGAGAGAUGGGACGAUGUAAAAACCUUGAUGGGGAAUAUGCGGAGCCUGGGUUUAUUGCCUAAUGUUGUAACAUAUACCACACUUAUCGAUAUUUAUGGGAAAUCAGGGAGAUUUAGUGAUGCAAUUGAGUGCUUAGAGGAUAUGAAGUCUGCUGGAUUGAAGCCAUCCUCCACUAUGUAUAAUGCGCUGAUAAAUGCAUAUGCACAAAAGGGUUUAUCUGAGCAAGCAGUAAAUGCAUUUAGGCUAAUGAGAGCAGAUAGCCUAAAGCCUAGUCUUUUAGCUCUUAAUUCAUUGAUCAAUGCAUUUGGUGAGGAUAGGAGAGAUGCUGAAGCAUUUUCAGUGUUGAAGUACAUGAAGGAAAAUGAUUUGAAGCCAGAUGUGGUAACAUAUACAACACUUAUGAAAGCUCUGAUUCGUGUUGAUAAGUUCAAUAAGGUGCCUUCUGUAUACGAAGAAAUGAUUUUGGCUGGGUGCACGCCAGAUAGAAAAGCUAGAGCGAUGCUACGGUCUGCACUGAAAUACAUGAAGCAAACACUAAACCUGUAGUUGAGAAUUUCAGAUUAUUCCUGCCCAGGCAAAGUUUGGGGUCUAUUGUCAUGGAAUCAUGGUCAAGCUUGUUGCUUAUUUGCCAAUUCGAGGGACAACUCAAUGUUUGGCCGUUCAUAAUCUGGAAGGGAUUCCAGUCGAGGAGUGAGGGAAUUCCCGAUCGAAAAACUAUAUCUAACAUAAACACAAAAAUUUGAGGUUACAUCAUUCAUCCUCUCGCGUUCAGAUUGUAAAGCUUAUGUAUAUCCCACAAACAGCAAAUGACAUAAUUUAUUGUCGGUGUCAUGUAUUAUAGUCAAAUCAAUUCAAAGUCGUAUCUGAAGGGCACAAUAGGCAUAAUUUCUUAGUUAAACUGAAUCCUUGUUACUAUGCAACAGAAUAUGUAUCAAGAAAUAAACUACGGGGAGAAUAUGAUUCAACAAAAACAAUGGCGUAUUUCAUUUCUAGUC